GCGAGGAGUCGGGAGCAUGCCUGAAGCUUGCGGGAGUCUCUCUUCCCCCUCCCGGACACCCACGUGCGCCAGCAGGAGCAGGGCACUGAGCGUGCGCAGCCCCCGCCCGCGCUCCGCCCUCCCUCCCCCCCAGCCGAGCGUGAGGCUAUAAAGUCAAAUGUGGAGCCAUUUGGCGGGAAGAAGAGACGUAGCUAGGCUAAAGGAGUAGUUGUGCGGCCAUGGCGGGGCGGCGCGGAGCGCUCAUCGUGUUGGAGGGCAUGGAUCGCGCAGGGAAGACUACCCAGUGCCGGAAACUUGUGGCGGCCCUGCUGGCGUCCGGACACCCGGCCGAGCUGCUCAGGUUCCCAGAGAGAUCCACAGAAAUCGGCAAACUUCUGAGCUCUUACCUGGAGAAGAAGAGCAACAUGGAAGACCACACGGUGCAUCUCCUUUUCUCUGCAAACCGCUGGGAACAGGUACCGCUGAUUAAAGAAAAGCUAAGCCAAGGCAUCACGCUGGUUGUGGACAGGUAUGCCUUUUCUGGCGUCGCCUUCACAAGCGCCAAAGAGAAUUUUUCGCUAGAGUGGUGUAAGCAGCCUGAUGUGGGGCUCCCAAAGCCAGACCUCAUCUUCUUCCUUAAGCUGAGCUCUGGGGAAGCGGCGAAGCGGGGAGACUUUGGCAAGGAGCGCUACGAAAACAACGCUUUCCAGGAGAAAGCUCUGCAGCGUUUCUACCAGCUCAUGAAAGAUGAUACAUUAAACUGGAAGACCAUCGAUGCUUCUCAGAGCAUAGAAGACUUACACACAGAGAUUUACUCCCUCUCUGAAGAGACGAUUGAAACAGCCCGAGAGACGCCCGUGGGAGAGUUAUGGAAAUAGAGAUGGGGCCACCUGCUCUCUCUGCUCAGCAGGAAGGAGGGAGCUUGCUCCAGCACGGCCUCCCAGAAGAAAAUGCUGAUGUCUGAGAGCUUAAAAAGACCGCCGUGGCCGUUGUGUGGCCGUACGUGAUAUCAGAAGGCCUAACCUGGAGGUUCUUCAUCCGAGCUGAGACCACGGCCAUCCUUGUGAGGACCAGAACAAGGCAUGAAGAAGAUGGUGGCCCAGAAUCGCCUUUCAGGGCCGCGGAUGGGACAUUUGUUUUUUGCUGAGCCAAAAAAGUGGUUUAAGAUUUCUUCCAAAUCUAGAACUAGAGAAAACUCAUUCUCCUUUCUCGUUAGCCCUGUUCAGCUCCUUUUGCAUCCUUGUUUUCAAUUGAGAUCAUAGAAGUAUUAGUGAAAUAAAUGAAUCGUUUGGUCUGGUUUCCUCUAUUUUAGGGUC